CGCGUCAUCACAGUCUUGUGAUAGGCUCAGCUAAAUAGUGUAGUAAACCUCCUCAACACUAGACUGCUGUAGUGAGUCAUUCACAAACAGAACAUCCUGUGAUCAGACGAGAAUUCAACAGCGCAGCACUCAAAGCGGUCACACCAAAAAUAAAAGAAAUAAACAUGUCUGAACCACGAGCCUUCAAGAAUCCCUAUCAAGAUUACACUGGGCCUGGAUGUGCACAAGACCUGUUUGACAUGCAGGGAAAUUUGACCCAGCAUUUUGCGAGCUGUAUAAGCAGUAAGAUCAGUGAGUUUCUGGCGGUUAUGGAGAACGGACUGAAGAACGCUGACCCCAGAGACUGUACUGGUUACACUGGCUGGGCAGGCAUUGCCCUGCUUUACCUGCAUCUCCACAGUGUGUUUGGAGACACCGCUCUCCUCCAUAAGGCUCUGGACUAUGUCAGCUACAGUCUGAGGAGUUUAACCCAGCGCUGGGUGACCUUCCUGUGUGGGGAUGCAGGACCACUGGCUGUAGCAGCGGUCGUCUAUCAUCGGCUCCAGAAACCUCAUGAGGCUGAGGAGUGUGUCAACAGGCUGUUGCAGUUUCACCAGGCAGUAGUGCAGGGGAUAGGCAGGCUCCCUGAUGAGCUGCUCUAUGGCAGAGUGGGCUACCUUUACUCCCUCAUCUUCAUUAACCAGCAAUUUCAGCAGGAAAAGAUCCCCAUCCAAUACAUUCAACAGAUCUGUGAUGCUGUGCUGGCUUCAGGGCAAACCAUGUCUCAGAAGAACAAGAUCCAGGAUCAAUCCCCUCUAAUGUAUGAGUGGUAUCAGGAGGAGUAUGUGGGUGCCGCUCACGGACUGUCAGGGAUCUAUUACUACCUGAUGCAGCCUGGUUUUGUUGUUGGUCAGGACAGGGUUUCCUAUCUAGUCAAACCCAGUGUGAACUACAUGUGUCAGCUGAAGUUUUCCUCAGGCAAUUACCCACCAUGUGUCGGGGAUUCUCGGGAUCUUCUGGUGCACUGGUGUCACGGCUCUCCUGGAGUUAUCUACAUGUUGAUACAGGCUUUUAAGGUGUUUGGAGUGAGGCAGUAUCUGGAGGACGCCCUGCAGUGUGGGGAGGUGAUCUGGCAGAGAGGUUUGUUGAAGAAGGGCUACGGCCUCUGUCAUGGAGCCGCUGGAAAUGCUUAUGGCUUCCUGGCCCUUUACAAAAUCACCCAGGAUCCCAAACACCUCUACCGAGCCUGCAUAUUUGGAGACUGGUGCAUGAAUUAUGGAAAACAUGGCUGCCGGACUCCAGAUACACCAUUCUCACUGUUUGAAGGAAUGGCAGGCACAAUUUAUUUCCUGGCUGACUUGCUGCAACCAGCUAAAGCCAAGUUCCCUGCUUUUGAGGUGUAAAGUGCCUCAUUCCAGUCUGUUCCAGAUGACUGAGCUUUUUUGCUUAAGCUUCCUUGGAAGAACGCGUCCUCUGUUGGUGGAAUAGUACUGUCUCACUCUGCAUGUGCAUCUGCUUGCCGCUGGUCUUACCCAAUUCACACAAAAAUUUAUGAGAGGUCCUGUACAUGUGAAGAACAACAUACCAGAGUUUUUUUGUUAUUUUUUUUCUUUUUUUUUUUCAUGUCAGUGAAAGGUGGACAGGAAUCAGGCUGUAUAGAUGAGGGUAAAUUUGGAACCAUAAAGGGAAGCCGUUUUAAUUAAUUCAAUAUGCUUAACAGAUUAUGUUGAUUUUGUUUGUGUAUUUUAAUGUUACGUGUUUGUUAGUAUUAUUUUAGUUAAUAUGACUCAUUAAAUAUGAAUUAUUCUGAUGUAUACGUUAGGGAAUAUUCUGAUAUGACAGCAAGGUAAAGUUUAACAUCUUUUUGAAUUUAAGUGACUGCUGUAAGUUAACACUAAAAUACAGUGUUGAUACGCUUUCUGUAACAUUAAUGCUUUGUUUUUUUGUGAUGUAUUUUUCAGUUGUUUUUUUUUUUAUCUCUUGGUAUUACUAGUAGUUAAAUCAGAGGAUGUGUUGCAAACGUUUUUUUAGGUGGUGGAACAGUCUGUUAGCGUUUUCAUUUGCUUUUUUCAUCAAAAUUUGUACAUUUUCAUCUGCACAGCAAUAAAAAGGAAAACAGUG